AUGGCAGCCAUUCACUUUGCCUGCGAAAACUAUGAUCGCGCUCUUGAGCUGAAUCAGCGUGCUUCUCAAAAGACUGAUCCCGCCAACGCCCAUUUCGCCCAAGGGUACACGGAGAUGGCCGCUCAAUAUGUCCAGACACAUCACAUGACAAAGGCUGAACAUGCCUAUCGAUGCGCUUUGGCCAUAAACCCUUCCCUUUACUCCGUGCGCAACGAUCUCGGUAACCUGCUCAAGGCAACAGGCAAAAAUGCCGAGGCCCGCCAAUGCUAUGAACAGGUGCUCUACUAUCAGCCCACCUUUGCCGUCGCGUGGAAUAACCUUGGUUGCAUCGAGCUGGACGAGCAACAACCCCAGCAUGCCCUCCAGCGCUUUACAAAGGCCGUUUAUUUGGACUCUCAGCUCGAAUGCGUCUACAGCAAUCUCCUCAGCAUCUUGGGUGCCGAAUCGACUGCCGCCGCCUUGGGCAAUGUAGCCAACGUCCUUCGUGACGAAGGCCAGCUGCUCGCAGCACAACACGUUUACAAGCGCUCGUUGGGUCUUUCUCCAAGCGCACAUGUCCAUGCCGGCCUGGCUGCCCUGUUUCACCGCUCCCAGCAACUCCCCGAAGCGGCUCGUCACUACCAAGAGGCGAUCAAGCUCAACCCGUCUUUCCAGGAAUGCUACAGUAACCUGGGCCAUGUGAUGCGGGACCUGGGUGACCUCAACUCGGCUCGCGUCGCUUUCCAGCAGGCUGUUCGCCUCAAAGCCAGCGCCGACGACUUUAACAAUCUUGCUUGCGUCUGCAAGGAUCUGGGCGUCAUUGAUGAAGCCAUCAAGUACUACCAAUCAUCCCUCGAACUCAAAUCCGACAACCCCAAUGUCUUUUGCAACCUGGCCCACUCACUUCAAAUGGUCUGCGACUGGACCAACUACCAGGAGCGCAUGCAGCAACUCGUGGCCCUCGUUCAAUAUCAGAUUGACAACAACCAAUUCCCCUCGGUCCACCCCCACCACACCUUCCUUUACCCCUUGCCCAAUACCCUUCGCAAGGCCAUUGCCGCUGCUCACGCCCAUGCCGCUCAGCGCAACAUUGUCCAAUACAACAAGCCCGCCUACGAUCACUCACGCCUCUUGCCCUUGUCCGGGCGCCUCCGUGUGGGUUAUGUCUCUUCCGAUUUCAAGGAUCACCCCACCUCCCAUCUCAUGCAAAGCAUCCCUGGUUAUCACAAUCGUGAGCAAUUUGAAAUCUUUUGCUACUCCCUUGCCCCGGAUGACGGUAGCAUUUACCGCCGCAAGAUUGAAGCCGAGGUCGAACACUUUGUCGACCUCUCCGGCAUACCCGACCACGCCAUCGCGGCUGACCGCAUUUACCAUGAUGGUAUUCACAUCCUUAUCAACCUCAACGGCUACACCAAGGGGGCCCGGACAGAAAUAUUCGCGUUGCGGCCUGCUCCCAUCCAGGCCAUGUGGCUUGGCUAUCCGGGCUCUUCGGGCGCUGACUUUAUGGACUACAUUAUCACCGAUGAGCAAACCUCACCUCCUGAACAUUGGCGCGACGCCUACUCUGAGCACUUUGUCUACAUGCCCUGCUUCUUUGUCGGUGACCAUAUGAACAUGUUUCCCCUACCCCCGCGCUACAACUAUGUUGAGGGAGAUGACGAGGGUCAGGCCCAGGGGACGGCAGCCAAGGUGGCCCGCAGCGAAACUACGUCACGUGCUGUCGUACACUCGUCCCACCCUUCAACUGCUGAGCUGGAUGCGCCCCGUACCCGCAAGCUUGCAGCUUCGGCGCGCCCAACUGGCUAUCACAACCCCACGGGAGCCACGUCCAUGCCUCCUCCGCAGACCCACACGUCGCUCCAGGUCAUGCAGUCACAGCAGCAACAACAACAACUGCAGCAGCAGCCGCAACAGUCGGCGCACCUCUCACUCAACCCAAUGGCGGCGGCGCCCUCUGCCCAGCAGCAGCAACAAUUACAGCACCAACAGCAGAUGUUUGUGAGCGCGCUCACGGCUGCAGCUGCCACCAACGCCACUGCUGCUGCCAAUGCCAUGGCCAACGGCGCAUCCAUUAAGAGUGAACCCGACCAUGCCUCGAUGCUGGCCGCCAGCAUCAACCAAGUUCUUCUCCAGCCCAAUCUUUCACACAUGGAUCCGCGCCUGGGCCCCAUGGCCAUGGUCAACUCAGCCCUUCCAAUCCCCUACGUGCAGACCAAUUACUUGAUUCCCAACGCACACGGAUUCCCUACGGCCAUGAUCCCAGCGAUCCCCUUCUCGCCUCAGUUUGGCAUGGUUCCCACGCAACCUCUUAUGCCGGCCAGUGCAUCCCCUGGCUCCUUGCUCAGCAGCCCUUUAGCCCACUUUCUUUCUCAGCCACCCAACCGCUCGCUGAGCAUGCUUCACGCCAUGGGAGCAGCUGCCCAAGGCGGCGCUCCAAUGGGUGGUGCAGGCCCCAUGGCCGUCCAUGCUCCCAUGCCAGGCGUCAUGCCUGGUAACCCUCAUCAGCAACUGUCUGCCCCGCAUAUGAUGGCUUUUCAGCCGGGUCAAAAGCAGCCCAACCCCUACAUGAUGUACAUGCAACCCUCGCACCCGCUACCAGUGGCUACCAAUGGUUAUUGUGCUCCAUACGCGCCUCCACACGCGCCUCUACCCCCACCUGGCCAAGAGGCUACCCAGCCCAUGCUCCACCGCCGCUUCUAUGGCCUUCCCGAGGACAAGGUCAUCUUUUGCAAUUUCAAUCAGUUGUACAAGAUUGACCCACUCAUGUUUGACACAUGGCUCAACAUUCUCAAGCGCGUUCCCAACAGCGUGCUCUGGAUCCUUCGCUUCCCGCCGGCUGGAGAACAGAACCUGCAAAAGCGAAUCAUCGAGGCUGGCCUGACGCUGGAUCGCGUCAUCUUCUCUCCGGUGGCCGGGAAGAUCGAACACGUCCGACGUGGUGCUUUGGCUGACAUUUGCCUUGACACUCACGUUUGCAACGGCCACACGACGGGCAUGGAUAUCUUGUGGGCUGGCACGCCCAUGAUUUCUCUCCCUGGUGAUACGCUAGCGUCGCGUGUGGCUUCGUCGCUGCUCAAAACCCUCGGCUGCCCUGAGCUCAUUGCUCGCUCUCACGAGGAUUACGUCAACCUGGCGGUGCAGUACGCAAGCAACCCCCAGGCCCUGCGCAAUCUCAAGCGCAAAGUGCGCAUCGCGCGCAAACGCUCGCCGCUUUUUAACACCCGACUUCUGACACGUAAUUUGGAGCGUGCCUUCAAAGCCAUGUGGUACCAACAUGAGCGCUUCGGCCACCCGGCACACCUCAACGUCGCCGGUGAUGCCGCGACGUCAUCUUCAGUCGGAGGCGCCUCGGGUCACGUCCCCACUUCCAAAAGCACGGCUGUUAUUCGCAAUCAACGCCCGAUGCAAGAGGCACGCCCGCCCGAGACAGCAGCCGGCCCGCUUGCUUGCCAUGAUGGAGCCACGCUGCGUGCCACCUCACACGCGUCCCAAGGCAUGGCUGUACAUUCAUCCUAUCAACAAGGCAUGCCUGCCAUGUCCUGA